GACGUCGAUGGGGAAAUCACCCAUUCCCUCCACCGCUGCACCUUCAUCGCCGUUGAGCUGGACUCGAACCUGUGGCUGUCUCUACUACCUGAUUCUGAGAGAAUUGAGAGCGGUGGAUUUCUCUACCCCUUCUGUAUCAUUUGUGACUGCCAUCCCUCACCGAAGUGCACUUGGUCGGUCCCCUUCAUAACCUGUCCUUUUUUUGACAACCGAAGCCCGAUUCCUCCUACUUCUAUCCUACCCUCAAGUCGAUGCUCAAGAUCAUCUUCGCCUCUGCUAUCGCCUCCAUCAUUACACGCCUUGCCUACGUCUAACCCAUCAUCGCACCAUCGCCAACACUGACCCCAUCGAGCAUCGCACCUUCACCACCGAUCAACCCUAGUGAACACCAUGGAAGUCUCCAUAGACUCAACAAACACCAACCUCCCGCCUCAAACACACCCGUAUCCGACCUCCCCAAGCACAGGAGGCCGCAAGCGCCCAAUCGAAGACACACACGACAUCCCAACCCGACCGGCGAAGAACCACCCCGAAGACCCCAAAACGACAGCCCUAGACGACAAAGAGAACACGACGACCACUUCCUCCUCAUUCUCCCCCUCCCCAUCCAAACAACGCACUGCCGAAUCACCUGCACCCGCACAACCAGACGCCGCCGACUCCAGCACAGGCCCGACCUCCCUCUCAGAGUCCACGAUGAAUACAGUUCCCGACUCAAGCUCGAAUAUGAAUCCUCCUUCCGAAGGAUCGGCGACGACGCCGGCCGCCAAGAAGCGGAAGCUGUCUCCUGCCAGUAAGCAGCAGGAGAAAGAGGCUAAGGAGCGGCAGCGGUUGGAGGAGAAGGCUAAGCGAGAGGAAGAAAAGGUGAAAAAGGAGGAAGAGCGGAAGGCCAAGGAAGAAGAGAAGAAGAAGCGCGAUGCGGAGCGGGAAGAGGAGCGGAAGAAGAAGGAUGAGAGGCGGAGGGUGAAAGAGGAGGAGAGGGUUGCUCGCGAAGAGGAGAAGCGGAAGAAGGAGGCUGCUAAGGAAGAAGAGAAGAGGAAGAAAGAGGCUGCGAAGGAGGAGGAAAAGCGGAAGAAGGAGGAGGAAAAGUUGAAGAAGGAGAGGGCACAACCCAAGCUGAACGCUUUCUUCGCCAAACCGAAACCGGUUUCCCAGCCCGGACCCUCGACGGCUUCCCACUCCCCGAGCAAAGCCACGCGUGAUGCUCCCCCGGCCGACGCGGGAGCUGAGUCCCACCCGACCUUGUCGGACUAUCAACGGCUGUUCCCCGAUUUCUUCCUCCAAUCCCACACGACGGUGGCCCCGGCGAACCGGUUCGAACGGGACACCCAAGCCCUGCAGCACAUGCGGGACAAGGUCGACGCGCAGAUGAAGGCGGUACCCAACCCGGCACCGCGCUCAGGGUUUCAAUUUCGACCGUCGGAGAUAUUCCAGAUGAUGCCCUACCAGCGACGACGGGGACGGAUCCCCGCGUCCGUCAAAGAGAUCCUCCUCCAGAUGCAGAAUCUGGGCGACCAGCCGGAGACGUCGGAGGCGGUGCAACGACCGCGCAACCUCCUGAAGCAGGUGCGGAUGAAGUCGCUCAGGUUCGGCGAGGACGUGCGGCCGCCGUACCAGGGCACGUACACGCGGCGCAUGCCGGCGGCCGAGGCGCACCGGCUGAUGCGGAACCCGUUCCACCGGGGGCUGCCGGAGACGAACUACGACUACGAGUCGGAGGCGGAGUGGGAAGAGCCCGAGGAGGGCGAGGAGCUGGACUCGGAGGAGGAGGAAGACGUCAGCGAGGACGGCGAGGACGACCUGGACGGGUUCCUGGACGACGAGGGCGACGACCAGCAGGCGCCAGGACCGGGGAAGCGGCGGCUGAUCGUGGGGGAUCUGGAACCCGCCUGUUCGGGGCUUCAGUGGCAGUCAGAUCAUUUGGGGGGGACGUCAGUGGACCCAGAGCUCCAGCGGUACCGGAUCGAGACGAUCUCCGACGCAGUUACAUUUCCGAUCGACCCUUUCUCGACAGCGGGGCGCAUCAUCAGCGGGGACUUUGGGGAGUGCCGGGGCGCAGAGGGGGCGGGACCCGGGCGGACCAAGCGGGCAUUUCCGGUGGACCAACUGGAGGAGUUCAAGCGGGCCGUGGACGGCAGCGAUUUGUCGAAGUUGGGGUUGAUCGAGAUCUUGAAGAAACGGUUCCCCAAAGUGUCGAAGGAGGUGCUGAAGGAGACGUUGAACAGCGUGGCGACGCGGGUGGGACAGAAGGAGGUGGAUAAGAAAUGGGUGUGCCAAUAGACAUGAAUUGAUUUUUUCUUAUUAUUCUCAUUAGCCAUUUAUUUGUUCUUAUUUGUUCUUAUUUGUUUUGUCUUUGUUUCACUGAUUGAGUGAUAUGUUAUGCGCUGGUCCUUGAUUGAGUUCGCGGUGGGUCAUCCAUAUAAUAUAUUUUAUCUACG